ACACGGCGGGAUUGACUCGAAGCGAGGCACAAUCUCACAACAGUGUAGCAUAUAUUUUUAUUUAGUUUGGAAAACUACCGCAUGAAAAUUCACCACCAUACACAGGACACACUACAAGGGUCCAGUGGUAAGACUUCACCGUGUUGAAGAUGUGCUCUCUGGCGCUGUUUCCCCCUCCGCUGCCCUCGGGACAUACCACUUUGUGUGAGUCAAACAACGAGCUACUGUCCGGAACCAACACUGAAGACCAAACGAAACAGGAGUCUAGUCCUCUUAGUCUGUACUUCCCACGAGAGUCUCUGAAGCUCCACAGUCGCACAGAAAGCAGCAGCAAGGCAGCUUUUCUGGACCACUCUGAGACACUGUGGAUGAGGAGCGCAGCAGCAUGGCGGGAUGGUGGUUUCUCAGGACUACUCACUGAAAUUACCAACUCGCAUACAGAGGUGCCUAAAUGGCUGUCAAUGAGUUCUGGUUGUACGCUGGCGUUGCUCCGAUGGGUCUCUUCUUUUCACGGCUCCUUGUUUCCUCAUCUCACGCUGAGAAGUGAGGACAUGAUAGCUGAGUUUUCACAAGUGCUGAACUGGUCUGACUGUGUGGUGCGAGCCUUUGCCUGGCAUCCUCACACAGAUAAAUUUGCUGUAGCCCUCCUGGAUGACUCCAUUAAGAUCUACAACCCCAAAAGUGCCACAACUCCCACACUCAAGCACCGUCUACAGAGGAGUGUGGCAGCAGUGCAGUGGAAGCCGCUGUGUGCAUCUGCUUUGGCUGUUGCUUGCCAAAACUGUUUAUUGGUCUGGCACGUGGACCCCUGCUCACUAUCAACCAGGCCUUCAUCUGGUUGUGCUCAAGUUUUGUCUCAUCCUGGUCACUCUCCAGUCACUUCCAUCGCCUGGUCUCCCAGUGGGUCUCUCCUUGUGUCAGCUUCGCCUAUGGACACUGCAGUGAUGGUUUGGGAUGUAGCUGCAGAAAGCUGUGUGCCACUUCAGCGGGUUGGAGGAGGUGGGGUCACCUUCCUGUCCUGGUCCCCUGAUGGCAGCCACAUCCUGGCUUCUACACCGUCUACCCUGUUCAGGGUUUGGGAGACCAGGAUGUGGACCUGUGAGCGUUGGCCAUGUGUGAAGGGGCGCUGCCAGUCUGGCUGUUGGAGUCCAGAUGGGAGUCGACUGCUUUUCACUGUGCAGGGAGAGACGGUCAUCUACGCUCUGACCUUCACUGACACACCAGGCAUUUCUGCAAGCACAUCAGCAGGGCCACAGGCGGCAGCAGUGGUGGCUGACCUAUCAGAGACGACCUUUAACACUCCAGAUGGAGACAUCAUUGUUGGUGGAGAGAUCCAGUGUUUAGCCUGGGAUCCCAGAGGAGAGAGGCUUGCAGUGCUUCUUAAAGGUGAUCCACACACAGCAGACCGGCCUGCAAUCAUAGCAGUGUUCAAGACAAGAACCAACCCCAUUUUUGAGCUUUUGCCAUGUGGUUUUGUUCAAGGAGAGCCUGGUGCGGAGCCGAGACUGAUGCAGUUCCACCCGAAUUUCCAGCACGGAGCUCUGCUCACUUUGUGUUGGUCCACUGGAAGAAUUACCCAUGUGCCUUUCUACUUUGUGAGCGCUGGCGUCCCCCAUUUUGGCCUGAGUGGCAGUCCGUUACUGCCUUGCCCGCAGGAAAGGCCUUCUGCCCUUGCCAAUCAGUCGCUCUUUACAGAGUUCAUCUCUUGACCGACCAUCACACACCCAUGAGUCAUUUUUGCUAUCACAGAUUUUCAAUAAAUGUGUAGAAAGUU